UGCGUUCCCUGACUCAAAGCUGCAAGGAAGCAACCCUCUCAUCCAUUGGGGAAAACCUCAACGUACAGCAGCGUUGGGCUAACACGCAGGACUUCCGGCCAGUGCUUUCAUAAUAAAACCAAAUUGCUACGAAAGCCUGCAGAAAACACAGGUGGAAAGGACCCGGAAACCAUGGCAGGCUCAGAAGACCAGAAGUUCUCCCUCCAGGAGGUCCUAGACACUUUUAAGUUGUGUCUGUCGGAAAAUAAAGAAGUCUAUCUAGAACAGUACGUCGCUGGAUGGCGUGGGCUUGUAAAGUUUCUGAACAGCUUGGGAAGUGUCUUUGGCUUCAUUUCUAAGGAUGCUGUCAGCAAGAUCCAGAUCCUUGUGAAUUAUAUGAAUGGUGAGAACGCUUCUCACUAUGCUACUGUGCAGUCGAUGGUAAAAUACGAACUGGACAAUAAUCUCGUGGAUGUGAACAAGAAAGGAAGCCACCCAGAGUCUGGCUGUCGUACUCUGCUGAGGCUCCACCGCGCUCUGAGAUGGCUGGAGCUCUUCUUGGAUCGCCUGCGCACCAGCACAGAAGACAGUAAAACAUCUGCCCUGUGUGCAGAGGCCUACAACGAGUCCCUCGCCCAGCACCAUCCGUGGAUGAUCCGUAAGGCUGCGGGCAUGGCCUUCCUCGUGCUUCCUGGUCGCCAAACCUUUUUCGAAGUAAUGAAUGUUGGCCCACCUGAGCAGGUUGUGGCCAAGCUGGGGGAGGCCCUACCUCUCAUCUCUGAGGUGUACCAGAUCACAGAGGACCUAUAUGCUCAACAUAACAUGCUUGAUUUACCUUAGAAGCAAGAAGUGCUAAUAUCUGACACAUCAUACUUUAUAUAAUUAAAUAUUUGUAACUUGUCCUUGGUGAAAGGCUGCUGAACAAGAUGCUUCUGCUGCUUGGUGAAGGAUUGUGUCAUAAUUAGCUGUAAUACCACUAAGAUUAAUUUUGAAACUACUGUAUACAUGUUUUAACAUAAAAUUCUGUACAUUUUCCUCCAAGUAAUGGACCUUUGAAUGUAUUUUUAUUAACUCAUCUUUUGCUUUUAAAUCAACAGUUCCCAGUCUAGGGUCAGAGAUCAUUUACAGUAUAUUAAUUAAUAUUAAUAUAUUGUUUGUAGUUAACUCAGAUUUUGAAGAUUUUACAUUUUUUAGACAGAAAUAUAUAAUUUAAAAAGCUGCACCUUUUAAACUUUUGACCAUCCACCCAUCAGUCUUUCUGAGUAAAUGAGCCCAGCCAUCUCUGAGGAAGGUUAAACAUGUAGGAUAAGAUCUUGUUGGUUUAAUUCUUAUAAUAUUUAACAGAAUAAAAUCCUUCUUCUAAAAUAACCAAUCUUAAAUAAUAAAAAUCAGUUUAUUUCUUUUUAAAUCCUUAAGGACUUUUUGACUUGGUUUUUCAUUUAGUUUAAAGUUGCAAUUAGAUCUUUAUAUUUGAAAAAGAAACUGAUCCUGAAUUUACCUUAAAUCCCUUCAUUAGUUAGAAUUUUUUUUUUUAAGUAAAGCUGCUGGAGAAACACUCUUAGACAAUAAAUUAAUAAAAGUUAAAAUCUAAAAGAGUUUUUAGACAGAAUUUCAAUUUUCAAUUCUCUCCCAACAGUCAAGAUUUAGAAAACAACACGGCAAAAUAACUGCUUCUAUUAAAGCGUAAAUGACAAUACUGAUACAAAGAACUACAAACAAUACAAAACAAUGUCUUUUUCUUCAAUUCUAAAAGGCUUUUCAUACAGUUUACAAUACCACCUUAAUAAAUGGACUACACAACACUGCUUUACCUGGGAAUGCUGUAAGUUGAUUUUUAAGUUACUUGUAAGCACACAUUGUGUCGCUUCGUCUGGUCUGCCCUCCCUUGUCUCCUAUUAUUCAAGGAGUUCCCCAGGGCUCCAUAUUAGGACCACUAUAUAUAACUUUCCAUUAAUUUCCGUUAAUUUAUUAAAUGCUGCGUUCUGUUUUUAUUCAGUCAUCUAUUGUUAUAAAUUAUUUACUGUUAUCAUUUACUGUUUAACUCCUUCAGUAGUACAGACCCUGGAAUUUCUGCACUCAUUCUUUGAUGUUCUCAUUUGAUGUUCCCAUCUUAAAACUUGCAUCUUUGUUUGUUUCUUUAGUUAUGUUUGUAUUUGUUGCAAUCUGCACUGCCUUCUUGGCCUUGUCUCUCUUAACAAGACUGUUUUAACCUCAGUAACACUUUUUACUUUGAUUUAAAAAAGAAAAUCUGAAUUAAUGAAAUAAAAGGAAAUAUUGACCUGAUUGAAGUUAUCAAAUUUCGGAUGGAGGAUGUUCAAAUUACAGUUUUCCAUUGUGGUCAUGUUUGGGAAUAGCUGCUUUGGAUUGUUUUGUUUUUUUUGUUUUUUUUAAUUAAUUUAAAAAAAUAUGAAGGGAACUACAGUGGGUCCCUGAAGUCUUGGGCUCCCGUUUAAAGCUGCUGUUUUUGCAACAACAUUUAUUCAAAGGAAAUAAACCAAGUUUGCAUUUUGGAUUUGAGAUUUCAGCAUUAAGAAGUAAUGAAGAAACAAUGAAAUGACAAAUUAAUUAGAAGUGAACAAAUGUUUGGCUCUCAGAUAUGAAAACAGGCUGAAGAGAUUUAAUAUCUUAAGAGGAUUAACAGAAAAGUUAUUUGCUGGCAUGAUGAUGAUAUUUUGUAAUGCUUAAAAGACCAAACAUUUAAUUGGGGAAACAUGACACAAAGUAAUAAUGAAUAAUAGUGAGGUAUACCGAUUAUGAAAAUUGUAUGGAAUAAAGUAAACUGUUACGUCAGUUUUUCAGCUGCCAUGCAGUAUUUAAUCCAGUGUUAAAAUGUUGAACCUUCUGUUGCUGGUAAUCAUUAUUAAUGACCUUUCUAUUUAGAUAUAUUACAAAAUAUUCCAUAAAUAUGGGAUGAUGAUAUAUUACAAAUGCAAAUGGACAAACAUACUUAAUUGGGAAACAGCAUGUUGUAAAUCAUUGAUUAAAAAGGUUUAACUCUGUACAUUGUUGUUUUCCAUAAAUUCAUAUCACUUCUGUGUUUUACUACACAUCUGAUUUAGGUUUUUUCUUGUUAAAUGAAGAUUUGUAUUUUUGUUACAUGCAAAUGUUUAUUUAUGUCCACAUGAACAAAUGUUUUGCAUUAUGAAUUGAUUUAUGAUUAAUGUACAAAUAUCAUGAUAGAAUAUAGCAUUGUAUUUGGAAUAAGCAUGUUCUGUAUUCUGUGUUAUUAUUCACUCAAACAUGUAAUAAACAUUGCAGGUGAAAAAAGACA